AACACGACUUGCAGUGCGGAUGAUGUGCAGGUCCGCAGUGCAAAUGCGGGGUGGACGUGGGGUAAGUGCUAGAGUCGGGGCUAAUGUGGACCAAGGUUUCGCACGUUAGGUUAGGGUCUGCAAGCACGAACACGACGUGGAAGUCUCGUAGGUAAUGUCUUUGACAGGAGUGGAGAAUACGUCAGAGUUGGAAGUUCUCCCCAUCCGGUGUCCGAGGGACAUCUCAGGGUCCUUCAGCCUCAAAGCUGUCACAAAAAAAAGUUCAAGUAUGAACUCUACGGCCUUGUGAACUCUACUAUACACUCUUUUGCUGUCCAUCAUGGAGUCUCUCAGCUUUCCGGUCGACUUGUCAGAUUUACAGACAAAGUUGAACCCACUAUUUCAGUCAAUCCUUGCAUUGCCAGCAGUUCAAAGUGCCAAGCCGUCAAGCACUGCUGAUGGUGUUGCCGUUCUUCUUUUACUCCUUUCUGCUCUCGGCUACCUCACACAUGGCCGAGUUUGGGACAGGCCAGAUCCCCACCAUGGCAUCUGGUUCGAAAGGCCGCAGUUAGCAGACGGCGCAUCAAGCGGCAGAGUGGCUGCCACUCGAGAUGUUGCCCAGAAGCUCACUGAGGGUGACUACCACUGCGUCAUUUUUUGGGGCUCUCAAUCUGGCACCUCAGAACGGUUUGCAGAGACACUUGGACGCGAAUGUCUGUCACACUUUGGUAUCAGCGCACUUGUGGCGGACAUUUCAGACUACGAUUCCGAGAGCAUUUCCAAAAUUCAGUCGAAACACCUCGCCAUCUUCAUUCUCAGCACAUACGGAGAGGGUGAUCCCAGUGACAACACAGCUGGACUGUGGGACUGGAUCAAGCAGGUGAAGGACAAGAAGACUAGGGUAGAGAACUUGCGAUACCUUGCGUUCGGUCUCGGAAACAGCAACUACAAGUACUACAACCGUGUACUUGACGUUGUUGCCGACGCGCUCGACAAUGCUGGAGCCAACGCUCUCAUGCCCCGGCAGAAGGCGGAUGAUGCCAACGGUGGCACAGAAGAGGAUUUCCAAGUGUGGAAGGACGAUCUUUUUGCCCUAUUCCGCAAGCUUGGCUUCGAGCAGAAGACCGUGGAGUACCAGCCAACGAUUGAGCUCACCUUCAGCGGCGAGACAAACAGCGAGGACUCGAAUCCUGCGACAUCGCUGAUCCACCAGCAAACCUCGACACAAUCCGCCAUCGUACCAUUGACCAUCAAGAGCGCUCAUGAGUUGUUCGCUGCGGGAGACCGAAACUGCAUACACAUGGAGCUUGACCUCGGGAACCAGGACAUCGUGUACAAGACUGGAGACCACAUCGGUAUUUGGCCAUGCAACCCAGAGGAGGAGAUCAAGAGGCUGUUGAAUGUACUCGGAGCGCAAGCAAGGAUGCACGAGUACUUUAGCGUCAAGAGUGACAACGACUCGGUUAAGCCAAAAGUCCCGUCGCUAACGACUCUUGAAGCAGCAUUCCGCUAUCACCUCGAGAUCUGUGCCCCGGUUGCGCGCAAGACGGUGCAGGAGAUCGCUCAGUUCGCACCAACGCCCGAGGCCAAGGCAAAACUUCUCGAGAUUGGACAGAACCGCGAACGCUAUGAGCAACUUACCUCAAACACACACAUCACACUCGCUCGACUCUUGCAACUCGCCAGUCCAACCGAGCAGUGGACAUCACUGCCCCUGGCUUUUGUCAUCGAGAAUCUGUUGCCACUGCAGCCGCGUUACUACUCCAUCUCAUCCAGCUCCGUUAUCGCUCCUCGUCGCAUCGCUAUUACUGCCCUGGUCGUCAACAAGACUAUCGGUGACAAAUCGACAUCGACAAUCCACGGCCUGACCUCGAACUAUCUCCUCUCCGCUUCUGAUGUUACAUCCAACGCCACUGUCCCCACACCAUCGUAUCAGCGAAUGAAUCAGGGCCAGAGACUGCAAGGCUCCAAGGUUCUAGCCCAUGUGCGCAAAUCAAAGUUCAAGCUACCGAUCACAUCCUCAACACCACUCGUUCUCAUUAGUGCAGGCACUGGCUUUGCGCCCUUCCGCGCUUUCCUGCAAGAACGUACGAAGCUCCAUGUGAUCGGCAAGCCUGUUGGCAAGAUUCUCCUCUUCUUUGGCUGCCGCAACAAGGACGACUUCAUCUACCAAGAAGAGCUAAACAAGAUCCAGGGCGAGCUUGGAUACAAGCUCAAGAUUGUCACUGCGUUCUCAAGAGAUGGACCGAAGACCUACGUGCAAGAUCGCGUUGGCGAAUAUGCUGCUGAAGUUCUGGAGCUUCUAGAUGCUGGCGCGAACAUGUACAUUUGCGGUAAGGCAAGCAUGGCGCGAGAGGUCGACAUGAAGAUGGAAGACGCCGUAAGCAAGGCGAAGAGUCUUGGUGAGACUGAAGUCAAGGCAUGGGCUGACAGUCUGAAGAAGAGAGGAAAGUGGAAAGCUGACGUUUGGGGUUGAUUGCUUAUUGUGUCAGGACAAAUAGACUUUA